AUGAUGACCCAGGAAGCAUGUGCACCAGCGGCCAGAUUAUUGGGAGCCUCUUGGUGCUCUCUGUGCUGGAGAUAGGGCUGGGGGUGUCCAGCGUGGCCGUGGGGGCGGUCAGCUUCAGCCUGGCCCUCCGACAGCACAAGCCUCAGCUCGGAGACUCGUCCCCGGUAUGGAGCGGGGUGUGUUUUCUCCUCUGUGGCAUAUGUGGGUUACUGUGUGCCAAAAAGAAAUCAGGACUUGUCAUGAUCCUCUUUUCAGCCUGUUGCAUCUGUGGACUCAUUGGAGGCAUCCUCAAUUUUCAGUUCCUUCGGGCAGUCACGAAGAAGACCUCUUCCUUGUAUCCUCUGCAUCUGGCCUCCAUGUCCCUGGCGUGCAUUGGGAUUGGAGGAUGCACGCUGUCCUCCUGGCUCACGUGUCGACUGGCCAGCUAUGAACAGAGGAGGAUGUUCUCCGAAAGGGAGCAUUCUCUGCAUCACUCUCAUGAAAUGGCCGAGAAAAGAUUGAGGGCUAUUGAAAUAACCGACUUGCCCAGCUGCCCGGUGGUGCCCCCGACACCAGAGUUACCUACAAGGUACGCUGAUUUCUAGGGAGUUACCAUGUUGUGAUAUCACUGCAGGAAACACUGCCUCUUGUAGGAAGCCAUGAUGUCAGCAGAUCAGUCUGGACUGAUGCUACAAUGCUGUUCCUCAAAGCGUCGCUUUCAAAAGGGCUACUUCGAGGAAUGGACAUAAACCUCCAUGGCAGCGUCUUGCAGCUUCACAGUUGGCCGAGUAUUUAAAAUAUUCAGCCUGCUUAUAAAGCAUCCAAACACAUUUCUGUUUGGAUGACUCAUAAUUUCUUUUAUUCUCUGCUGUAUCAUGAUUAUGACUCAAUAUCAUUCACAGACCAGAGUUUUGCUUUUAAUAAUAAAUAAGUCUGGACAAAGACAAACUGUGUAUCUCCAUCAUCCCAAAAUAGCAAAAGAUUGACACUAAUACAGUAAAACUUCUAUAUGGAGUGUUAUUUCUGUUAAAGUCAUCCAUUAUGAUACAUGUCCCAUCCAGUUGCCAAAAAUAGUUAAAGUUCUCAGUUUAGUUAAGUAGAAAUACAGAGUCAUAUAUAUACUACACUCAACUUGCAGAAAGUAUGUUGACUUGCAAAUAUCCACAUUUUGUCCUACCCAAACUUAAGAGCACAAUCUUCUGAUUAAAUUGGACAUGCCUAUUUGCAAAUAAAUUGACAAGAUUCAUCCAUUUUAAAACUUAUUUUCAUUGUUAUUUCCUAUCAGUAAUUUUAUUGUGUCCCUGUUGGGGUGAAUUUAGUUAAAAGAAUUCUUUCACUUUGUACAAGUAAAAAAAAAAAAAAAAAAACUUUCUUUAAAUCAUAGAACAAAAGAUUGGUGGUUUAGUUUUAUAGUUCUUAAAGCAACUUUUAAAAAUGCAAAGUCUUUUUAGGACCGGGACAUAAAAAUAAGACUUGUAUUUCUAGAAAGCCAGUAAAAGGUUUCCCUUUUCUUUUAGUAGCAUGAAUAAGAAAAGACUUGUGGGUAAAUUUGUGGAUGGUCAGUUUGAAGGAAUGAUUCCUGGUUCUCUUGCCACCUAUAGUGAUUUCUUAAAUGAAACCUCAAAUAGUUUCUUAAUUAUAAUAAACUUAAUAGCAGUCCAGUGGCCCCAGUCUAUUUUCUUACCUGUAGUCACUAUAUACCUCUCCAGCAGAUUCUCCAAACAUAUCUUGCAGUUCUUCGAACAGACACUGGAUAGAAAAGGAUAUGAAAGAGACAACUGAGAAAAAAAGUUUACACUUAAUGUUUUUACUGCUUUUUUGCAAAUAUGCUUGUUCAGUUGUGGAAAGACAUUGUCAACCUAUUCUCAGACAAUAUUGCCAACGUUAUUUAUAAUAUUGUUCACUAACCGUAAUACAUGGGAAUAGGCCUCACACCUCAUCAUCUUUUAUUGUGUAGUAAAAUAUAUGAAUUCAAAACAUCUAAAAUUUCUUAAACUGAGAUAUAUAUAUAUAUGUAUACAUGUAUAUAUAUAUAUAUAUACUUAUAUAGCAAUUAGAAAUGGAACUUUUAAUGUAAAUUCAUCCUUUAUAUUUUAUUUGCCUUCUUACUUACUUCUUGUUAAUGUCUUAGCAACCAGUCCUUAUAAACACAUUUAGAGAUUUCACUGCUGUGUUUUUUACUGUAUAAGUGACCAUGUCACUAAAACUGACCCUUGCUACUGGGAUUGGUUAGUGACCCACAUACACAGAUGAGCAAUGAUUGCGCCCCCUGAGGUCCUUCUUCAGUGCAUCACCAAUAGACCACACACUUUCUGUAGACGGAAGGUAAACCCCAAAAUGUGUUGGCACUUUGCGUGAUGGUCAACAGAGGAGCCUGUGCAUUGGGAAAACUUGGGCACUUGAUCAUCUUCUAUUUUUCCAGCUGAGGUCCUUUCCAAGUAGAUUGGAGGAAAGAAAGGGGAAACUCAGAGAAAUGGAGAGACAGUGAACUGAUUUUAGGGGUAGAAGACUUUGGUCUCACAGGCUGUCACUUUAACAUUUUCAUGUGCUCCAAGAUGCCAUGAAAUUUUAUUUCCUAAAAUGCAGCAACAAUAUCAAUCCUUGUCCUUCCCCACGAAAUGUUUUUCAAUGGCUUGAAAUUUCUGCACUGCAAAUCUAUUAACCACAAUAAUGUCUUACCCUGAAAAUGAAUUUUAAUUAAUUCAUGUUAUUUUCCUAACAGGAAAUGACAGACAACAUGAGCAAUGGAGGACCACAACUGAUAUUUAAUGGAAGACUAUAAUCAAUUUCUUAAAAAUUGAGCAGUUUUAGUAGGUUCACAAAGCAAGGAAAUAUUAAAGGAUAGGAGAUAAAACUAAAAUAGAGCUUGCAAUUUGCUUUAUCACUCCUGAGCAGCCACUAAAAUUAUUCUUCCUUAAUUUUGUCUCAAUUAUUCUCCAGUCUUUUUUACGGAGUAAAAAACUUUCCACAAAUGUUCUAGCUUAGUAAUUUCAACAGACUUUCCAGAUUGUUCCAAAGAAGACUUUCCAGGAAAAUGAUGUAAUAGAGCAAAAAUAAGAUUCAUAUUCUAUAAAAACACUAUUAGACUAGCAUGAGUAUUAGAUUUGUAAUUACAUAUUUCAUAUGAGUAAAUGAAAAGUACAAAUAUCAGAGAAUAACAACAACAUAUUGAUGUCUUUGUUUUGAAAGACGAAUGACUUCCAGAAUGCCACAAUUUAAAACCUCAGCAAUGCCUUGUUAUAAAAACAUUGUAAUUAUUUUCAAUUUGUGAUGGAACUAUAUUUCAUAAUUUAUUUGUAAAUUACAAAAAUGUAAAGCAUAAAGCAGAGACUUUUUUAGAGAGUAUUAAUCUGUAUGAUAUUUUUGCAUUUUUUGAACAAGAGUGAAAAGUUGUAAGCAAAUAUCAUAUAAGAAAACUCCACAUUUUGAUUAUACUGUGAAGACUGACCUGCAUGUUCAUGAAUAAGCCUGAGAAUAAAGUAUGUAUGUAUCUAUACUGUGAAUAUAGAAAAUAUAUACAGCAUAUAUGAAUAGUUACAUGAAUGGAUAUAAAGGUGUGGAACAAAAGAAACUGUGAUGCUCUGGGAGAUACUAGCAGAGAUGAGAAGGCAAUUGCUUAAGGCUUUCUAAGCCUCAAAAUUACAUUUCAUUUCUAACAAAUUAGUCAAUUUUUCUUAUUAUUAUUAUUUCUAUUAUAUGUAACUAUUAUUGUUGCUGAUAUUUAUGGAGCUAAGUGAUCUGAAUCUUGUAGUAUAAAUAUAGAUUACUGAGUUAAGCACUUAUUUUACUAUGAUUAUAGUAUUUAUGUAAUAACUAUUGUUAAGAUUAACAUAAAUAUAACUUCAAUGCGUAUAUUUUCAUAUUUGCAAACAAAGACAUUAUGGCUCACAAUUACUCAUGAUAUAUAUAUUUCAAACACUUUUCAGACCAGUUAAGUUAUACAUGACAGAUGAUAUAACCCCCAGAUGAAGUUAUAAUUAGCUUUACUAUACUUUUUGAGGUUUUAUUUUUCUUUUCUUUUGCAAUUUAUAUGAAAUAAUACUGACAGAUCAUGUUCAGGAAAGCAUAUAACCAAAGAAUUUGAAAAAGGAAAAAGAAAAUAAAAAGUUAAGUUGACAUGCAUAUAGCUAGAUUUAAUCCUUUUCCAUAAUGGAAUGUUAAAACACCUACCAAACAUACAAGUAGGCAAGGAAAUAUCAUGGUCUUUGAAAAUACAAUAUCUGACAACAGAAAAAAUAUCUAAUAUUUUUAAACAUGUAAUGCAUUAUACAUACAUUUUAUUAUUCCCCAAAGAUAAUUAAUUUUCAAGUCAUUUUUAUUAGUUACUUACUGAACUAUAGGUGAAUUAAAAUCCUUAAUAUUCAGUUUGAGAACAUACUAUAAUUUAUAAACAAUACUUGGGUUUUAAUUGCUCUAAAAAAAAACAAUUGGGAUUAAUGACAGUCUGAAGCCCGUUUUGUUUUACAACAUGGAUAUCAUUCAACCUAUUUGAAUUAACUUUUAAAUUCUGAUUAUCUAUUCCACAGAAAUAACUGGACUGCGCUUGUGUGGUGUAACUUUCGAAGUCUCCCAACUCAUUUGGAUCACUUCAUUAUACAGUAGACUAUAAAUGCCCAUGAUUACAAAUUGAAAUAGAGAAUACCAUGAUUGUUGCUCAUUUGGCCCAGCAAGCAGGCAUGAUACUUUCCACUGAAAAUAAACUAUAAAAUGCAGAUAGUUUCUGUGUAUGAUUCUACUGACUUUGUGCAAGAAUGUCAUUUUUUACUGAAAGAAUAAAACACCAACUUUAAUUUUCAGUGGCAUUUCGUUGUAGACAUGUUUGUACAAUACAAAAUGAUAAUAUAUUAGUAGGUUAUUCUGAUGUCUUUUGAACUAAUUUCUAAAAUCAUACAUGAAAAGACAAAAGUAAGCAUAUCAUUGCUCUGACAUAGACUUAAAAGAGAUGCAGUCAUUGCAAUUAUCCAAAUAGUCAACAGUGUAAUUUUAAGCAAGUGUAGAUAUAUAUUUAAAUGUAAUUAUUUCAACCUGGUGUUUUCAGGGCUCAAUUUGGAGUGAUUUACUUGGGAGGUGCAGUGAUUCUUGAGAUAAGUGGAUAAAGUUCAGAAGAUAGUGUUUAGUUAAUGAAAAUUUUAUUUUGACAACACACUGACUAUGAAGUAGGAGUUUGUAAAUGACUAUAUUAUAGUUUUAGUACGAAUAAGCCCUCUGGAAAAAAUAAUGUGCUAAAUUAGGAAAGAAAUAUGUGCAAUUGGUUCUUAAGGUAUGCUUUAGAGACUAGUUGAAAAGAAGUGGAGUUAUUAUAAGCAUAAAAGUAAAAGUGGGCUCUCAUUAGAAAUUUUGAGAUAUGUACGUGUGCAGAUAUGCACCCACAGGAUGGUUUUAAAGUGGAAUGUGGUAUGAUGAUUCUACUGAUAUAUCUAUGUAAUAAAAUGGUGUGCUUUGAAACUA